AUGGCACGAUUAACAUGGUUACCUUUAUGUUUCUCAAUUAUCUUCUUUCUCAUAACUCUCUAUGUUAACUCGCUCGUUCAAGUAUGGGCUGAUCGGAAUUCUCCAUACUGGUUACCAGCCUUACCGGACAUUGGCCACAAAUUAUUACCCUACUUCUCAUUCUAUGCCAUUAACAAUUAUUUUCUUUUAGCGUCGUUCCUUUUAGUUAUUAUUCGUUACAUAUUUCAACGCGAUAUUCGUUUAAUUGUUUUUCGUCGAUGGCUUUUUGUUCAAGCAGUGAUGUUUAUUAUGCGAAGUAUAUCGAUUUACGUUACUUCACUGAGUGUUCCAUUACCUGGUUGUAACACGACAGCAGUUGGUUCACCACCGAUUGAAGCAUUUUAUAUCAUGUCUUUGAUUCAUGCAACAUGUGGUGACGUUCUUUUCUCUGGGCAUACAGUUACAUUGACACUGUGUGCACUGGCUUGGACGACUUAUUCUAAAGGUGAAGAGCACUAUCCAAUACGUUGGCUAUGGAAUAAAUACAAAGGCAACAAUCGAGAAAUAACUCUUGGAAGGCCAGGUUGGCUUUUUCCAAAACUAGAUUCCACUGGUGAUCCUCUAUCGUUUUACAUAACAUCAUUAUUGGUAUGGAUGUUUACAAUCCUUGGGUAUUUAUUCAUCAUUGCUACUCGAUUCCAUUACACAGUGGAUGUUUUCCUUGGUUUUCUUCUUUCGAAAUUAACCUGGGACACAUACCAUUAUUAUAUCAAAACCCUGGCGGAACGUCGAAGUAUUGUCAUUACACGAUUUUUCUUGUGGUUCGAAGGUUAUGGUCAUCCGCCAGCGGAUGCACCCGUUAGUCUACUUACUGGACCGUCCUAUGGACUUCAGAACCAGCAAGAACAACCGGAACAUAUGGAAGAGCCAGAUUCAUUUACGUUCGAAAUGAGUACUUCCGUAGAAAUUAAGAAACGUAAACUGUCGAAAAAAGCUGAUGAUUCGGCUCAAAAGAAGAAGAAAGUACAAUUUUCGUUGAAAAAUGACGAAAAUGAAAAGCCAAAGAAGUUGGAUUUCGACUCGCUUUCCUCAUCUCUGAAAUCUCGUGCAAGCGAAAAAUUAGCACAGGUAGCUGCUGCUAAACGUCAAGCACGAGUAAAACCCGAUCCGAGCAUGCUAUCCAAUGUUAAGCUUAUCAAAAAACAAUUGAAAAGCAAACAAAAGCAAAUGGAAAGCAAGAAAAAGAAGAAACACAUCAACAUCGUUCAAGAUAAAGAAAAUACAACAUUUCGCCAGCGAUUGAAAGAACGACAAAAGCUACGACGUGGUGUUCUCUACGAUAUGGCCGAUAAAUCGAAGAAAAUUUGGGAAGUUCUACGCCGAGACGAAACGACCAACGAAGUGCGAGUGAAACUAUGUGGUGAAUUGAUGAAAUUAAUCGAAGGAAAUGUGAAAUUUCUAUCCAUGGCACAUGAUACAACACGUGUACUCNACGAUAUGGCCGAUAAAUCGAAGAAAAUUUGGGAAGUUCUACGCCGAGACGAAACGACCAACGAAGUGCGAGUGAAACUAUGUGGUGAAUUGAUGAAAUUAAUCGAAGGAAAUGUGAAAUUUCUAUCCAUGGCACAUGAUACAACACGUGUACUCGAAUGUCUCGUUCAAUUUGGUAAUGAACAACAAAAACAAUAUAUCUUCGAACAAAUUCAAAAGGAAAUACCAACAAUGUCCAAAUCUCUCUAUGCUCAUCACGUUAUCAUCAAAUUUCUAACCUAUGGAACGGAUGCACAAAAAGACACGAUCAAGAAAAGUCUUCACGGUCAUGUAUGCAAGCUAGCACGGCAUUCAAUCGGUUGUCGUGUAUUGGAGUAUUGUUACAAUGAUGUUUGCAAUUCUGCCGAACGUUUUCAAUUGGUUCAAGAAUUUUACGGUCGGGAAUAUGCAAUUCUGAAAACGACGGAUGUGAAAAAUAUCGAAGAGUUACUUGCGAGUAAAACAGCGACUGGUCAACGAGCAAAUGUUUUGGAAAAUAUGCAAGAAAACAUCAUGCCUUGCAUUCAAAAAGAUCUAUUGAGUACAUCGAUAGUGCAUCGAGUUAUGCAUGAAUACAUACGAAAUGCCAAUGAAAAAGGUCGUGAGGAAAUGAUCGAUGCUGUCAAAGAGAAAUUAAUUAAAAUGAUUCAUAGUCGUGAUGGUGCUCGCGUUGCGAUCCACUGUCUUUGGUAUGGAACAAACAAAGAUCGAAAAUUAUUAAUAAAAAGUUUGAAAUCAUUUGUAAUAAAAAUUGCAAAAGAAGAGCAAGGUUAUCCUGUCCUUUGGACAAUAUUUGAUGUUGUUGAUGAUACAAAACUGGUAUCAAAAGUGGUUUUACAAGAACUAAUGUCAAGUUUCGACGAAGUCAUCAACGAUGCUCAUGGUAAAAAAGUUCUGAUGUAUUUGAUUGCACCACGAAAUACCAAACAUUUACAAUAUGAUCUUGUUCAAUUAAUGAAAACGAGUGACACAUUGGCCACAAGCAAAAAAGAUGCUGAUAUUCGUCAACAUGAAUUAUUCGAGUUUUGCAAAUCGUAUUUCCUAGAAUAUUUCACAGACAAUAUCCUAUCAACACUAAAAGAUGGUUUCAAAGGUUUUAUGAUGACUGAAAUGAUCGAACGACUUUCUCCUGAUGAUAAAUUAACUUCAUUUUAUACAUCAUUAAGUUCAGUACUGAGCACGUCAUCUGUAGAACCUCAAGCCGAGACCAAUCUGAUUGAAAAUCAAAUUGCUCACAAUGUCUUACGACAUUUAAUCAUCGCCGAUGGUAAACGACAAAAGAAGCACAAACAAAAGACAACUCUGGUAUCGACAUUAUUAUCGUCAAUCUCACCAGAUACAUUACGCACAUGGAUAUUAUGUAAUCGUGGUUGUUUUAUUUUCGUCAUGAUGCUCGAACACGGUCAACCUGAUGAAUGCAAACAAAUUCGAUCACUCCUCGUACCAUCUGCUGUGGAAACACUCAAACGGCAAACAUUUACUGGUGCGAAAAUCCUUGUUGAAAAAUUGUUAUCUUCUUCUUCUUGA